AUGGCCAGUUACAGCUUCAGGCAGACUACCUCUUCUGUGGCAGGGGGAAGUGGUGGCUCCUCGGUCCGCUUCGGUGGAGGUGGCUUUCGGGCUCCCAGCAUCCAUGGUGGAUCUGGUGGUAGGGGUGUGUCAGUGUCUUCUGCUAGAUUUGUGUCUUCUGGCCUAGGAAGCGGCCUGGGUGGUGGAUACGGAAGUAGUUUUAGCAGCAGCUUUAGUGGUGGUUAUGGUGGUGGUUUUGGUAGUGGUGAUGGCCUCCUCUCAGGAAAUGAAAAGGCAACUAUGCAAGGCCUGAACGAGCGCCUCGCAUCUUACCUGGACAAAGUGCGUGCACUGGAAGUGGCAAACUCUGAUCUUGAAAAUAAAAUCCGAGACUGGUACCAGAAACAAGGACCAGGCCCAUCUCGGGACUACAGUCUUUACUACAGCACUAUUGAAGACCUUCGAGACAAGAUCCUCGAUGCCACUAUCGACAACUCGAAGAUUGUCUUGCAGAUUGACAAUGCCAGGCUGGCUGCUGAUGACUUCAAAACCAAGUUUGAAACAGAGCAAGCUCUUCGCAUGAGCGUGGAGGCUGACAUCAACGGCCUGCGCAGAGUCCUGGAUGAGCUGACCCUGGCUAGAACGGACCUGGAGCUGCAGAUUGAAAACUUAAAGGAGGAGCUGGCCUACCUCAAGAAAAAUCAUGAGGAGGAAAUGAGUGCCAUCAGAGGGCAAGCAGCUGGCCAAGUCAGCGUUGAACUGGACUCUGCUCCAGGCGUUGACCUGUCCAAGAUCCUGGCUGAUAUGAGAGACCAGUAUGAACACAUGGCUGAGAAGAACAGGAGUGAUGCUGAGGCCUGGUUCCAUACCAAGGUAGAAAAACCUCCACACUAUACAAAUACUAACCAAAAAAAUCAUUUAAAGAAACAAAAUAAUUAUUCAUACACACAGAAGACUGCCAGGAACCUUUCCGUGGCUCCCCUCCAACCCCUGUGCUCGCAGCGAGCGGCGCUGGAAGGCACGCUGGCAGACACGGAAGGGCGGUACAGCGCGCAGCUGGCGCAGGUGCAGGGCCUCAUCAGCAGCCUCGAGGCGCAGCUGGCUGAGCUCCGAGGUGACAUGGAGCGCCAGAACAGCGAGUACAAGAUCCUCAUGGAUAUCAAGACUCGACUGGAGCAAGAGAUUGCUACGUACCGACAGCUCCUGGAAGGCCAGGAGUCCCUGAUGUUUGGCUCCCUCUCUGGAACUGCUGACAAAAAAGACAAGCUGGCAGACGGAAAGUAG